CCAGGGCCAUGCAUCUCCCCUACAAAAAUCAUUUCAAAAAAUUACGAAGAAAGCUGCGCCAUCUUCUGGACGGCAAUGAAAAACUUUUAGGCAAGUUAUGUUAAGAUGUCACAAGAUGGCAGUGUAAAUUUAUGUCUAUGUAUUAAAUCAGAAAAAUAUUAUUUUUUUACGGAUUUUAAAAUAUUUAAUAGAAACAAAAAAUAUAAGUAUUUUAUGUAAAUGUAAAUAAUCAUAUUUAUAAACUUGAAAUAUAAAAACCUUACUCGAUUUACAUGGCAAUACUAGGAAUUACCUUUUGAAACUUUUCUGAGUUUCUGCCGCCAUUAUUGUUUUGCGCUGUUUGAGUUCCUGUUACUACCGUGUUCCCGUAUUAAUUUUCUACGACUUGGCUUUGUAAAUCUGGACUUUCUGAGAUCCGUAAUAAUUUUGUGACUUGAUUCUGUGUAUUUGGACUUUGUUUGCUGCAUUUACGUUUGACCUGGCUACGACAACGGACUUCUGAUUUUUCUUUCUCGAUUUGGGUUUCAAAACAAAAUGUCGCAAAAAACUUUUAACAAGUGCUAUUUUGGUUGUUCCUGUAAUGAUAACGAUCCUUUACACAAAUUCCCAAAUCCAAAUUCAUUGAAAUUGGAACAGAUUGAUCGAUUCAAACAAUGGAAAUCGGUGCUUAAACCAGCUGAUCAAGAAAAAGGGGAUGAUUACAUUUGUAAAAAAAUCAGAAUUUGUGGUAGACAUUUUAACAAAAGCUACCGAUUGCCUUCUCAUUAUUUGACUCAAAAUGCAGUGCCAACAUUAUUUUUAGGCCAUUCCAUGAACGCAGAAGUUGACAUAUAUUCGGACCCCACACCUGGCCCAUCGAAUUUGACAGAUGUUGUAUCUGAUUAUGUUGGCCAUUCCAUGAACGCAGAAGUUGACAUAUAUUCGGACCCCACACCUGGCCCAUCGAAUUUGACAGAUGUUGUAUCUGAUUAUGUUGAACCAGCACCAAUCUACUGUACACCAGAAAAAAGGAGAUCAAUGUCAUAUAUGAAUACCAAAAAUAAAAUAAUGGACAUAACAACAAAAAGGACAAUAAUACGACUUAAAAAUAGUAUUGAAAAACUGAGAAAAAAAUAUAAACAUCAAAAAACACUUAUGCAAUGUGCAAAACAAAUCGCAAUGAAGGAGUCGUUUUUGAAAUUUGCUGAAAAGUUGCCUGAAACCUCGCGUUUAUUUACAUUGCUGCAAAUAAAAGGUUUAAAAAAACCAAAAGGCAGAAGAUUCUCUGAAAAAGAAAAAAUAAUGGGCUUAACUAUAUACAAGCAAAGCCCAAAAGCUUAUAGGCUUUUACAAAACAUGUUUGUUUUGCCCUCAAAAAGAGCAAUACAAAUAAUGCUUAGUGCAGUGACAAUUGUGCCAGGCAUAAAUAAUAUUAUAAUUUCUAAUUUAAAAAAUGCUGUCAAAAAUUUAAAUAAUGAGAGCAAAUUAGUUAAUUUGCUCUUUGAUGAGGUUUCUUUGGCUCCAGGUCUGGAAUACAACAUUAAAUUAGGUAAAAUUAUUGGUUUCGAAGACCUGGGGCCCACAUGCAGGCAAUCUCUGGCUGACCAUGCCCUUGUACUCAUGAUUAAAAGCAUAAAAAGCAAAUACAAACAACCCAUUUGCUACACAUUUUGUACAGGCUCAACAAAAGCGCCAGACUUAAAAAAAAUAAUAAAACAAUGUAUAUUGCAGCUCACAGAAAUUGGCUUAACGGUAGUAGCAACAAUAUGUGACCAAGCUACUACCAACACAAGAGUAAUAAAGAUGCUGCAAGCAGAGACCCGCGAAAAAUAUUUAAGAGCCGGGGAGGAGUACAAUUCUGGCGCUUUUGAAGUAGAGAACAUAAAGGUUUAUCCUUUAUUUGACACGCCUCACCUAUUAAAAGGCAUAAGGAAUAAUUUAUUAAAAAAAGAUGCCAAAUUCUUUCAAAAUGGUGAGGUCAAGUGGGCAAAAUGGGAACAUUUGCGUAUGCUUUUAAAUGUAGAUACAGGGGAUGAUGAGAUAAGAUUGGUAAACAAAAUUACAGAAAGCCAUGUAAUUGAAAGUAAAAUUCCGAAGAUGAAAGUAAAACAUGCUGCACAAGUUUUUAGCCAGAGAGUGUCUGCAGCACUCCGAUUUUUAGCUAAACAUGAGAUACUUCCUUCGGAAUGCCAACAAACAGCUGAUUUUUUAUUGAUUUUUGAUCAAUUAUUUGAUUCAUUUAAUGGUCAUUCUUAUCAAAUUUCGUCAAAAAAAUAUAAAUCGUGUUUUAAAACUAAUUCACCGCACAUCCAACUAUGGAAUAAUUUACUGCCUGUAUUAGAAUCAAUCAAAUUUCAAUCAAUUACUCAUAAUAAUCAAGGUAAUGUAGUUAAAUUUGAAUCGAUUCCCUCAAUCAAGAAUUGGAUUAAUAAUAUUAAAACUUUUAAAGAAAUGUGGGUUGAUUUGAAUACUAAUCACAAUGUAAAUAGUUUAUUAACAAGAAAUUUUAAUCAGGAUCCAUUAGAAAAUUUUUUCAGUAGUAUUAGAAGUAAUGGAAUUAGAAAUACCAAUCCAUCAUGUAAUCAAUUCAUAAAUGCCUAUAAGACGUUGAUUAUUAACAAUUUUAAUUCACCACAUUCUCUUAAUGCUAAUUGUGAAAAAGAUAAUAAUUAUUUAUUUCAAUCACUAAAUCAUUUAAUAAAUACACCUGCAUGUACUUCUUCGAAUGAUGAUUUUGCAUGUGAAGUUGACUCUUUGAUAACGGUGAUGGGUAACAUAAAAAGUAAUGUUAACAAUGUAGUGCAUGAUGAAUCAAAAAAAUAUGUAACUGGAUAUAUCAUAAAAAAAUGUAAAAUCAAAGUUUUUAGAAAUUGUGAAAUAUGCAUGCGUGAUUUUUGUAGCUCUACGAUUAAUAAACAAUCAUUUAAUUAUGAAAUUGAUUAUACAAAGAAAUCUUUAUUUUAUCCGAAUAAAAAAUUCAAUGAACUAAUGAAUGAAAUAUAUUAUUUGAUCGUUGCAUGCUUACGUAUAUCACCCGAAUCACUUCGUUUAAAAGACAAAAUGAAAUUCUUGUUAAAUUGUGCAUGUGACUAUAAUAUGAUUACUUGUGAUUUACACAAAUCGCAGUUGAUUGAGUUCAUUAAUGAUCUUUCGAUUAAAUUAAUUAUCCAUAGUUGGUGCACUAAUGUAAAUAGAAUUUUAAAUGGUAAAAUUACAAAUUUUGAUAAAGAUGACCAUAUAAAAUUAAAAGCUUUCAAUUAUUUUGAAAAACAUAAAAAGAAUAAAAAAUGAUAUUUAAUAUAAGUUGUUUUAUUUUGAAGUAGUAACCCUAUAACAAUAGUAAACAAAACAAAUUGAUCUAACUGUGCUCCUAAUGCAAACAAAUUUUGAGCAAGGUCAAUUUGUUUUGUUUUUAAUGAAAAUGAUUAAUAAUUAAGUAUGAAAACGGUACUACAGGGUACGCCAUCUAGUGCAUACAGGGGGUACUAAACAUUUGUGAACAGCGCCAUCUUCAGGACGUUUUAGUCUUAAAUUAUACUGCGAGCAGAGAUGCGCAUCUAUCUCAGUAUAUAUUGUAUAGUCUAUGGUA